UCGGUGUACCUAAUAUUUCUCGGAGACAAAGCAACGUAAGGAAAACGUUUCCUACUAGGAAAGUCUCGUGGAACUGGACAGACGACAUUCUUCCUUCUGGAGGCAAUUUUUCCUCGCGGAGGAUUGAUGUGCCUAUCGACGGGAACUUGUUCCGCGAAACAAACGACACGAAUAUUGCUUCCAUUGAGAAGUAAUAAGAGACUAGACCGAUAAGCGAUCCAACGUUCGAAUCUCGCGCCGCUCGCGCGUCGAUCAGUCUAGCCAAUAUUUAUCAGUCGCUGGUGAAACAGUCGCGUGACUGGUUGUUGUCAAACGUGUUUCGACGUUCGCGAAGUACUCCCGGUUGAUCCAUAGAUCAUCCGACCGCGCCGGUGAUUUCCUUGUUCAGAAAUACCAUCGACCGAGGACUGUACAUCGAACGGGGCAACGUUUCCGCCUAAAGCCAUGUUUGCAAUGGUCGAAAAGCUCUGUGGACGGUGCUCGUAACAGUAAGUUACGCAAUAGCGGCUAGAGGAGUGUCUGCUAAAACGCCCGCAUCGCGGGAAAUUCGAAUCUUGAAAUUCGUUAAAAGGGAAUUCGAGCUAAGAGGAAGAGAAGCUUGUAUUUAAACGUAGAUCGAUAACGAUCCGAGUUAUCAGGCAGGCCCGGAAACCGCAAAGAGAGAAGUAUUUCCUGGAACCAACGUCCAAGUUGAAUGAUCGCAGUUGACAUAGAGAGAAGUAUUUAACUCAAUUUUGGAGAUCAUCGAGAUCCAAAGAAUCACUGCGAAGAUAAAACAAUCGCGAAGUGAUUCUAAAAGGAAAACACCCUAAACUAUAGGACUCACAGACGGACACGAGAGAAAUCUUGAAGCUGGUCCAGAGGGUUCAUCGGGUUGAUUAGGAUCGUCGGCUGAUAACCGUUUCGAAAGCGCAGAGUUUACGAUGUCCGCAGUAGCCAGAAGUCUUCUGACCGCCGCGCGGCUCGCCACGAGAUCGUCGGACCAGUCUGUAAUUCAGAUCGACGCUAUCCGAAGAAUGGCGUCGUCUGACAGCACGCGAUUGGUCGGCGCCGCCGGCGUGGUACCCAAGGACGAGGUGGUCAGGUUCGUUCGGGACUGCUUGUGCAAGGUCGGGACGACCAGCGAGGACGGCCAGGUUGUCGGCCAUCAUCUGAUGACCGCGGACUACUGCGGCCAUUUCAGUCAUGGGCUGAACAGGCUGUGGCUGUACGUGCACGAUCUGGAGAGCAAGAUCACGGACCCUGCUGCUAAGCCAGAGAUCGUCACCGAUUUUCAGGCGAUAGCUCUGGUCAGCGGCAACAAUGGCCUGGGCCACGUGGUAGGCAAGUACUGCAUGGAGCUAGCCAUAGAGAAGGCGAAGAAGUUCGGGAUAGGCAUGGUGUCGGCCAAAUCCUCGAACCACUACGGCAUCUGCGGCUACUACACUAGAAUGGCGAUGGACCAGGGCUUAAUCGGCUUCAGUUGCACCAACACCAGCCCGCUGAUGGCUCCCACGCGCAGCAAAGGCAAAGGUUUAGGCACCAAUCCCCUAUCUUUAGGAAUGACGGCUGCGAACGACGAUCGUUUCCUCUUGGACAUGGCUACCACGACGGUAGCUUUGGGGAAAUUGGAGCUGGCAGUGACGAAGAAGGAGCCCAUCCCCGUUGGAUGGGCUCUGGGCAGCGAUGGGAAGGUCACCACUGACUCCGAAGACGCGUGCAAGACUGGAAUACUGAUGCCUCUGGGCGGAGAGGAGAACACUUCGGGGUAUAAAGGCUACGGUCUAGGUCUGAUGGUCGAGAUCCUCUGCGGGAUCCUCUCCGGCAGUCACUUUGGACCUAAUAUCAGACAAUGGAAGGGGAAAGAGAGGAUCGCCGAUCUUGGACACUGUUUCAUGGCGAUCAAUCCGGAAGCUUUCGGACCCGGAUCGAAAGACAGGCUGGCUACUCUGUUGAAACAGCUGAGGGAACUGCCACGAGCUGGAGACAAGCCUAUCUUAGUUGCUGGGGACCCGGAGAAGGUCACCAUGGAACGCGUGGAUCAGUCUGGGGGAAUCGCUUAUCAUCCUAAUCAGAUCAAGGAUGCCGAGGAGUUCGCGAAGCGUCUGGGCGUUCAGCCUAUGAAGACUGUUUCCGCAAAGGGUCAAUAGGGCGCGGGGUACAAAGGGCACAAGUGGUUUUUAGGAAGAAAUUUUUUAUUUGGAUUUUCUACUUGUGAGGAUUGAUCGUUUACUGGAAACCAAAGAAUUGGAAUCGUUUUGAAGCUACACGAGGAACUACUAGAAGUAAACGUAACGAGGCGAUAUUGUAGGAUACUCUAACAAAUCUAAUUUUCUUAGGAACGAGCUUGAAUAGCUUGUCGCGUCGUUAGCGGUUUCUUCGCGUUUAACGGCGACACGUUUAAUUGUCAGCUUGAAUUAUGGCGACCAUUAGAGGCUGCUAGAUUUGUCGAGGUUACUGGGAAAUCUUGAGUCCGCGACGUUGCUGUUCGUACUGUGUCGCAUUUCAAAUUGCAUUUCAGGCAUUAUCUGAUUUAUGUAACGAUAUGUACUGUACACGUGUAAUCAGCUUACUUGUUAGUACCGGGAAAUCUGUAACAAGAACAAACUUCACUCGUAUUUCGUACGUCUAUGAUCAAUAUACUCUUUCAUAGCAGUCGAAGCUGUGAGCACUAUCUCGUCGUGUAUUUUAUCAUAAUAGAAACAUUGGGAUUGUUUAUACUUAUACUUUUAUACAAAUUUUUAAUGACUUCUGUGAUACAUAAGAAUUAUCAAGAUUUUAAAGAGUUUUAGCAGGUAUCUGUAAAUAUACGGAAUUAAUUACAGUGGUAAGACUGUAAAAUAUUUUUUAUAUGAAACUUUUUAGAACACACUUUUAGAUUGCAUUUUAUCGGUAGAAAUAGCUGCUGCUUCUAGAAAUUUCGUUCAUCAAAGACGGUGGAUUCCAAUGUUCAAUCGUGAAUCUCAGGAUUAAUUAAUCUCAAGGUUCCAUUUGUAGAAUAAAUGAUCCCAAGUCAAGCGGUACUAAUCUUUAGUAUCUUCGUACUGAUUACAAUCCACAUUAUAAUCUCUAAUCACUGUACUAUUCAUGGUUUGCAUUACGUAAAAGAUUAUAUCCACGGAAUGCACAAUAGAAUUUAUAAAAUAAUCAAUAAUCAAAUACAGCAUUGAAUUAAUUAACUAUUGUCUCUCAUCCUCAAGUAUUCGAAAUAAGCUUCAUUAACACUAGAACUACCGAGCAUUUAAUACGAUUAAUAUGCAAUUCCCAUAAAAAUCGUAACAGUAGAUUAUUUUCAGUUUCUUCAGACGUCCAUUAUAGUACUCCAGUGAAACUAUUUAUUUUCAAAAUCAUUUGGAACAUUCAAUGCUUCGAAGAUAUCAAUAAUCGCUAAACAAAAAAAUUGAAACCAGUCAUUUUGACUGGUAGUUCUAGUGUUAAAAAUCACUGAAAUUGAACGAUCAAGUAGCAACUAUCUAAAUCGCGAUCGAAGUAAACAAAUCAACGAAUCCGUCAUUACCUACGAAUCCGUAAUUGCCUCGAUUCUCAUCAGGAAUCAUAUACUAUCUCUGAUCUAAUUACCAACGACGAUAGCCUCGAUACCAUGGAUCCAACCGCCCGCUAAUAGCACGUUUGCAUUUCGAGCAAUGUUUACAAGAACCGAGACUCCUGCUCGCGUGCCGCUCGUUUCGCUGAUUUAAUGGAAACGAUGAUCACGGUGACAUAACGCUGGAUCGCUGGAUCGCGCGUGUGCGUUGCGGUCUGCAGCGAUCGUCGCUCGAUGAUGACUGGCGCGAACGAUGGCAAAGGCCUUGGACUUGCUCGCCAGAUCCCGAUCGCGGUCAUUAUCGAUCGACGCGGAAGCCUCGGAACUCGAGUUUCAAACCGUCGGAGAUCGAGAGUAACAUGGGAACCGAACACGAUCGAUGGAUCUCCCGAAGAUCCUUAAUCCAUUGCCGUGAACGACCAUUUUGCGGACUGUACUAAUGCAUUUAUUUGUUUAUUCUUCGGUGAUACAUUGAACGAAAAUGACGUAACGAUCUAGAUAACGUGUCGGUUGAUUUUGUGUACGAUUUUUCAUGACCUGAACGAGGUGAAACAAACAAUGAAGAAAAAUUGCGUUUCUGGGCAUGAUUUUGAAACUAACUUUGCGCAGUUUUAUUCACAGAUGUGCUUCUUUGUCGAGAUAUUUUUCAAAUAGAUUAUAUUACGUUAUUUUCGAUAUUAUUAGUAAGAAGAAUCGUUUACACUGUUCUCUGCAAACUAUCUAUGCUUUAAAAUGCAUUUAAAAUGCAAGGGGUUAACCGCUUGGCUACUAUUAAAAUAAAUAAAUAAAUUGAAAAAUUUGGUUUCGGUGUGGCGUCAGUAAACUGUUGACAGUAAUUGCAACAAAGCUGGCUUAGAUCUGACGCAAAUGAAUUCCAAUUCAACAAUUACAUCUUCCGUUAGUCAUAUGUUAUAUAAAUGUCAUUAUUUUAGAUUGAUUUAAUGUAGUUCAAUUCAGUGUUUUGAUGGUUUCGGUACUUUCUUAGAAAUACCUUGACAAACUUCUGCCGUAGUCAAAGGGUUAAAAAGGAAAUCGUUCGGUCCGCCGAUUCUGAUUUGCGGGAUGAUAAUCAUUGUACAGGGGUAACUUUAUCCGUUGGUCACGUGGAUCGAUCGAAAUCGGAGUCUGUGGUUUCCGUCGAUGAUCAACCGUGGAUCUGUCGUUUCUAUUCGCACACCUGGCUAAUUAUUUUGUGGGGAAUCGUAUGGUAAAGAUAGGAAUCUUUAAUUUUCAUUCGAAUAACUAGAGUGAUGGAUAUUAAUGUUUUGUACUCGAGAGGUGACUCUUAGUCACCACUUGAUUUGAUU